CUUCCUGACUACGGAAGUCUGAACUUACCUUACCCUAUUCCACCUACCUGUACCUGAUGCACGCGAGCCUGGGUGACUACGAGCCCAACCACCACCACCACCACUACUACCACUGCACCCGCUUUCCGUCAUUCUCUCCACACCCGCCUGCCUUCCUUCACCGUCGCCACAGCUGUGCGCACAUAUCGUAUCUACCACAUCAACACCAAUAGAAGCAGCAGCAGCAGUAGCAGUAGCGGCAGCAGCAGCCGCGGCGGCAAAGAUGGACACCACGUUCAUCUCCAUUCAUGACCUCACCGACAAUGCGACCAUCCUCUACUCGUCCGACUCGGUCGUCGACGUCCUGGGCUACACUCCCGACGAGAUUGUCAAUCACUCCGCAUGGGAUCUGUUCCCGGAGGAGGAGCUUGCGGCCGCACGCAAAUUCCACCGCAGGCGUGUCAAUACUGACAAAGCAGCGGUGCUGGCCUACGUGAGAAUUCGGAACCGCGAGGGCAAUUGGGUGGGCUGUGAGGUGUGUAUGACGGUCGUAUACGAUGUCAUCGUGGUGUGCACCAGUGUCUAUCGCAAAGGCCUCAAAUCAGAGAAGCGCGCAUUAGAGGCGCCCGCCGUGCGCCGCAUCUUUUCUUCUUCUCCCAAGGAUCCCAGGUAUCACAUGCUCUCGCACCUGUCUACCAAGUUCUCGCAGCCCGUGAAGCAGCAACAGCAUGAGCCACGUGCUGCCCUGUUCCUGAAUCGAUUCACAAGAACCCUGACUAUCAUGUACGCAACGAGUGGCCUGAACGAAGUGAUUGGAAUCCCUGCAGAGACGAUGCGUGGUCGCAGCUUCUACUACUGCAUUGCCGAGAACUGCCUUCAGGACGCAGUCAAGUGCUUAGAGACCGCCAAAGGCAACGAUUCCAUAGCGUACCUGCGCUUUUGGUUCCGAGAUCCACGCAUUGACGACCAGCCUACGGAUGACGAAAGCAGCGAUGAGGACAUGACUACUGACACUAGCGAGGAUGGUGGGGUAGUACUGGCCGGUGGCGAAUCUACUGUCGCUCACGGCAUUGCUAUGGACAUGGACAGCGAUGAGUCCCACAAAGAUUCAAGACAUUCUUCUGGCGAUAGCACACAAACCACAGAAGCUCACGAGACCACCUUCGGUCACGCACGUCGAGCAGAGUCAUCUACAUCGUCACUAGGACAUUCGCCAACAGGAGACGUGACCUCGCCGCCUCCGCAAGUGCCAGAGCCAAUCGAGCUGGAGGCCGUCAUUUCCUGUACAUCGGAUGGUCUCGUCGUGUGUCUACGCAAGGCUCGACCCAUGAUUCCGCAGCCUAACCAGCGGCCAUUACAGCCUCACCAGAACGGUCUCUUUGCGGCACCAUGGGGCCACCAGCCAAUCCUGCCACCAGUGGAGGCCAGAGCAGGGCAUGAUUAUGGCGAUAGAUAUGCGCCAGCUGCUGGUCCACAAGGAGCACGUCGCGAUGAUCCCGUAGUACCAGCCGGUCCGGAGCACAUGGACUUUAUGACAGCGAUCCGUGAGCAAGCUGUUUUCGCUUGGGCUCUGACUGGUAUCAACGGCAUGCUGGCAGACUACGGACAUGGAACACCGACGGGCGAGUCUCUCCCUCAGGACGGUCUGCCCGUGUGGGCGAGCGACCCCAAGAGCAAGCUUCGAGAAGACACCAUGGACAGUGCCUACAGCAGUGGUGCUGGUCGACCCAGCCACGUCUUUGGCGAUCCCGGUUUGGACCGAAACAGCACGAAUGGAUCGCGCUUGGGCAGUGGCUCCAAUACAUCUUCAAGUGGCAACACACCCUUCCAGCCGCCGCCACCACAAUAGGUGGUCGGCUCUGUUUUCGGCAGCGCGCCCACCGGUGUUUUACUGGCUGGCCUUUUCGGCAUGUUACUCGACACCUUUGCUUUCGUCGUCGGGCCAUGGCGCGACUGUUUUACAAGAUACCCCCCGAUGUGGGUUGAUGAUAGUUGCUCGGCAUUUCAGCGUGUAUGAAUUGAACGGCCGACCACAGUGUGCGAAAGCGGCGCGAAAGACUACGGCCGGGGCGGAAUUUCUAGCGUUCCUUUCGUGUUAUGUGUGCGCAGGUGAUGGCGAUCUCUCCUCCUAUCGUGAGACGACCUCUUAAUAUCAAGAGGCGAAUAGUGGCAAGUACGAAC